AUGCCAGGCAAACUCCGUAGCGACGCCAGUUUGGAAUCAGCCACAUCCAUGGGAAAAGUAGAGAAGACGCAAAAGCAAAAUGAGAAGAAAGAUAAAAAACAGAAGCCAACAUCCAAUAAAAUUGAAGCAUCAGAAGAAAAGGAAGAAAUGGAUUCCCCUAAAGCUAAAAAAGCUAAGAAGAAAGAGCCAUCUGAGGUUGACAUGAAUCCUCCUAAGUCCAAAAAGGAGAAAAAGCAAGAGGAACCAUCUCAAGGUGAAGAUGUCUCUCCUAAAGCCAAAAAUAAGAGAAAGGAGAACGUUGAAAAGAAAACUGCUUCUUCUAAAACCAAAAAAGUAAUAAAAAGUGAAGAGCUAUCAGAAGAAAUAGGCACUCAACCCCAGAAGAUGAAGAAAGAAAAGGAAGUGAAUGGAGAAAUUGGAGAGAAGAGUCCCAAGAUGCAGAAUGGCCUCCCACACUCCGAACCUGACUCUAAUGCCGAUGGAGCUGCCAGUGAAGAAAGCAGCAGUGAGGCAGAGAAGGAAAUACCUGUGGAGCAAAAGGAAUGUGCUUUCUCUAAUUUUCCUAUAUCUGAAUAGACUAUUAAGUUUCUCAAAGUGGGGGUGACCAUCCUGUUCCCUGUACAAGCAAAGAUGUUUCACCAUGUCUACAGUGGGAGAGACUUGAUUGCACAGGCGCGGACAGGAACUGGGAAGACAUUCUCCUUUGCUAUCCCUUUGAUUGAGAAACUUCAGGGAGAACUGCAAGACAGGAAAAGGGGCCGUCCUCCUCAGGUAUUGGUUCUUGCACCUACAAGGGAGUUGGCAAAUCAAGUAAGCAAAGACUUCAGUGAUAUCACAAUAAAACUGGCAGUGGCUUGUUUUUACGGUGGAACUCCAUAUGGAAAUCAAAUUGAACGCAUGCGGAAUGGGAUUGAUAUCCUGGUUGGGAUGCCAGGUCGUAUCAAAGACCAUCUAGAGAAUGGCAAGCUCUAUCUCUCCAAACUUAAGCAUGUUGUUCUCAAUGAAGUUGACCAGAUGUUGGAUAUGGGUUUUGCUGAUCAAGUGGAAGACAUUUUAAAAGUGACAUACAAGAAAGAUUCUGAAGACAAUCCCCAAACAUUGCUUUUUUCUGCAACAUGCCCUCAUUGGGUAUUUAAUGUUGCUAAGAAUUACAUGAAAUCUACAUAUGAACAGGUGGACCUGAUUGGUAAAAAGACUCAGAAAACAGCAAUAACUGUGGAGCAUCUGGCUAUCAAGUGCCCCUGGUCUCAGAGGGCAGCAGUUAUUGGAGAUGUGAUCCAAGUGUAUAGUGGUCAUCAAGGGCGCACAAUUGUCUUCUGUGAGACCAAAAAAGAAGCCCAGGAGCUGUCACAGAAUUCGUCUAUAAAACAGGAUGCCCAGUCAUUACAUGGAGACAUUCCACAGAAGCAAAGGGAAAUCACUCUGAAAGGUUUUAGAAAUGGUGAUUUUGGUGUUUUGGUGGCGACCAAUGUUGCCGCACGUGGGUUAGACAUCCCUGAGGUUGACUUGGUUGUACAAAGCUGUCCACCAAAGGAUGUGGAGUCCUACAUUCAUCGUUCUGGGCGGAUGGGCAGAGCUGGAAGGACAGGCGUUUGCAUCUGCUUCUAUCAGCACAAGGAGGAAUAUCCACAAGUGGAACAAAAAGCGGGAAUUAAAUUUAAACAAAUAGGUGUCCCUUCAGCCACAGAAAUAAUAAAAGCUUCCAGCAAAGAUGCCAUCAGGCUUUUGGAUUCUGUGCCUCCCAAGAUCAGCCACUUCAAGCAGUCUGCUGAGAAGCUCAUCGAGGAGAAGGGAGCCGUGGAAGCCCUGGCAGCGGCGCUGGCCCAUAUCUCAGGGGCCACAUCAGUGGACCAGCGCUCCCUCAUCAACUCAGACGCGGGUUUUGUGACUAUGAUUUUCUGGUGCUCAAUUGAAAUGCCAAACAUCAGUUAUGCCUGGAAAGAACUUAAAGAGCAACUGGGCGGGGAUAUUGAUUCCAAAGUAAAGGGAAUGGUGUUUUUCAAUGGAAAGCUGGGUGUUUGCUUUGAUGUUCCCACUGUAGCAGUCACUGAAAUACAGGAGAAAUGGCACGAUUCAUGGCGCUGUCAGCUGUCUGUGGCCACCGAGCAGCCCGAGCUGGAAGGCCCCCGGGGAGGAUAUGGGAGCUUCAAGGGAGAGCGGGAUGGAAGCAGGAGCUUCAGGGGACAGCGAGGAGGAAGCAGGGGCUUCUGGGGAGAGCGGGAUGGAAGCAGGGGCUUCAGGGGACAGCGAGCAGGAGAUGGCAACAGAAACAAGUCCCAGAACAAAGGCCAGAAGCGCAGCUUCAGUAAAGCAUUUGGUAAUUAAUUAGUGGAGGAACAGAACUGCUCACAGUGUGGGACUGACCUUACUCCU